AUGAAUGGCAGUACUUGCUUUGAUAGUUCAGAGCCACUGAUCAAGAGGGAAUUGGAAGAUGGGAAACUUUGUGGGGGGAGAUCAAGCUAUGGCAGUGCAGCUGAGGAGAAAGGAGAAGUGAUCAGAGUAAAGAUUAAGAUGACGAAGCAAGAAGCGGCACAAAUGCUUUCCAAGUGCAAAAAUGGAGGGGUUCUCGAAUUCAAGGAUGUAACUUGUGCGCUUGCGCAGAUUCCAACGGAUCGUGUUAGUAUUGACCCGUCACCAGUCGCUUGCUGUGGUGCUGGUCCGGCAGUUCUGAAGACCAUCCCUGAAGAAUACUGA